UGAACUUGAGGAGCCAGUCUGGGGCCUAGGCGCAGACGCAUUGAGUUUAAGCAGCCGGUGAUGGCGGCGGCAGCCGUGGAGUCUGCGGCGGGUCCGGGCCCAUGAGGCGACGACGGAGGCGGGACGGCUUUUACCUAGCGCCUGACUUCCGACACAGGGAAGCUGAGGACAUGGCAGGAGUGUUUGACAUAGACCUGGACCAGCCAGAAGAUGCAGGCUCUGAGGAUGAGCUGGAGGAGGGGGAAGCGCUCAGCUGUUAGAAGUGACAGCUGAAAACUUCUGUCGGGAGUAGCACUGCUGUGACAGCCACCAGGAGUUUUAUUUCGGGAGCAAGGGGGCUCUGCUGCAUCUUCCAGGGGUCAGUUAAAUGAAAGCAUGGACCAUGGGGGAGUUGGACCAUAUGAACUUGGCAUGGAACAUUGUGAGAAAUUUGAAAUCUCAGAAACUAGUGUGAACAGAGGGCCAGAAAAAAUCAGACCAGAAUGUUUUGAGCUACUUCGGGUACUUGGUAAAGGGGGCUAUGGAAAGGUUUUUCAAGUACGAAAAGUAACAGGAGCAAAUACUGGGAAGAUAUUUGCCAUGAAGGUGCUUAAAAAGGCAAUGAUAGUAAGAAAUGCUAAGGACACAGCCCACACAAAAGCAGAGCGGAACAUUCUGGAGGAAGUCAAGCACCCUUUCAUUGUGGACCUGAUUUAUGCCUUUCAGACCGGUGGGAAGCUCUACCUCAUCCUCGAGUAUCUCAGUGGAGGAGAACUGUUUAUGCAGUUAGAAAGAGAGGGAAUAUUCAUGGAAGACACAGCAUGCUUUUACUUGGCUGAAAUCUCCAUGGCUUUGGGGCAUUUACAUCAAAAAGGGAUCAUCUACAGAGACCUGAAGCCGGAGAACAUCAUGCUUAAUCACCAAGGUCACGUGAAACUAACAGACUUUGGACUAUGCAAAGAAUCUAUUCAUGAUGGAACAGUCACACACACAUUUUGUGGAACAAUAGAAUACAUGGCCCCUGAAAUCUUAAUGAGAAGCGGCCACAACCGUGCUGUGGAUUGGUGGAGUUUGGGAGCAUUAAUGUAUGACAUGCUGACUGGAGCACCUCCAUUCACUGGGGAGAAUAGAAAGAAAACAAUUGACAAAAUCCUCAAAUGUAAACUUAAUUUGCCUCCCUACCUCACACAAGAAGCUCGAGAUCUGCUUAAAAAGCUGCUGAAAAGAAAUGCUGCUUCUCGUCUUGGAGCUGGCCCUGGGGAUGCUGGAGAAGUCCAAGCUCAUCCAUUUUUCAGACACAUUAACUGGGAAGAACUUCUGGCGCGGAAGGUGGAACCUCCCUUUAAGCCUCUGUUGCAAUCUGAAGAGGAUGUGAGUCAGUUUGAUUCAAAGUUUACACGUCAGACACCUGUUGACAGCCCUGAUGACUCCACUCUCAGUGAAAGUGCCAACCAGGUCUUUCUGGGUUUUACAUAUGUGGCUCCAUCUGUACUUGAAAGUGUGAAAGAAAAGUUUUCAUUUGAACCAAAAAUCCGAUCUCCUAGAAGAUUUAUUGGUAGCCCACGAACGCCUGUCAGCCCAGUCAAAUUCUCUCCUGGGGAUUUCUGGGGACGAGGUGCUUCAGCCAGCACGGCAAAUCCUCAGACCCCCGUGGAAUACCCAAUGGAAACAAGUGGGAUAGAGCAGAUGGAUGUGACAGUGAGCGGGGAAGCAUCAGCGCCACUUCCAAUCCGACAACCCAACUCCGGGCCGUACAAAAAACAAGCUUUUCCUAUGAUCUCCAAGCGGCCAGAGCACCUGCGGAUGAAUCUAUGAUGAAACAAUGCUUUUACUAAUGCAAAAUCAACAAGGAAACAAAUCCGGGAGGGGGAUGUGUGAGCAUCCUGCAAUAUAAAAAGAAUAAAAUGGCAGUCUCAAA